GUUCUCACGACGCCAAAUUUGAGCACGAAACAAUGGCCAGCUCGAAAACACGAUCCUGAGCUCAAUUCUUGACCAAAUCUUUCGAAAAUUAGUGCGGUAUAGAGCGAUAGAGGUGCUCUAGUGCGCCCCAUAGUUUUUUUUUUGCAAUCAGAAAUAGUAUACAAUACUUGAAUUUUCAUGCCUCCUCAACUUCCGAAACACAAUAACUUUAGAAAUACACACCAGUUCGAGCUGUCCUUGAGAUAUGCUAUGCAUAUAGGGUCUGUGAAGUGCACCCCAUGUAUAAAAAUCACAUAUUGGUCUGUGGCCCUCAGAGCGGCACUGGGACUCGAAGGCAGCGAAAUACUAAGGCAAACUCACCCCAGCCAAACAGUCAACAUUCAUAUUCUGCUCCUCCUCCUCCCUCGCAAAAACCACGACCUCGACCAACCCCUGUUCACAAAGGUACACCUGCCUAUGAGCAGAUACAAGCAUCUCGUUCACAGCUCCCUCAUGAUAUGGACAUUGCUGCUGCAGAACAGCUGGUGGCUUUCCAACAUCAAGGCAUAGUACCUCGAACAGUCCAACACAAACAUACAUCAAAACUUACCACGAGUCAGCCACAUCUUACCCUUGAUGAACAGGUCUUUGCAGGUGCUAUGGGGAUAUCCAAGGCAGAGAUGCUGAAGCAGAGGGAAUACGAGAGGCAGUACGGGUUCGAGGAUUCACUGAGUGAUCCUGAAGAGGAAGAGACCUCUGCAAGGCUCUCUACACAACAGAAACAGCAGAGCAGAAGAAUGAAAAACAGUAGACCCGUAUUCAAUGAUGAUGAGGAUAACGACAGUGAAACAAGUGACGGAGGAGAUGAGGUACAGAAGGCCUGGAAUAACCUUGUCGGUAGUGUUGAGAAGUUCAACAUCGUUUUUGAGGUUCCAUACAAAACUUCUCAGCGAAACUUGACCGGGAUCACUUCUCAUACAACAUUUGUUGUAUUCAUUGAUGAGCUAGCCAAACGGAUGGAAACCCGACUCUCUCUCCUUUCCAAUAUAUCAUAUCUUCCAUCAUAUAAGCCAAAAACUCGGACCACCGAUGUAAUGCUGGAAGGAGAAGAAGACUGGAUCAUAUUGAUCAGAGAUGCCUGGGACCAUGUUCGAAAUACUCGCGGGAAGAAGACUAAAGCAUGGACAAUCCGGAUCUUUGACAAAAGCCCAACUGAGACAACUGGCAAAGGAAAGGAAAAGGAUGGGGGCAUAAAGAAUGGAAAGAGAUCGAUUGUUGCAGCGCCAAGUGACCAACUUCCUGCAUCCGAUUCUGAUGCAGACAUUCUAGUAGCCAUUCAGGGAAAAAAUCACUGCAAUGCGUGUCAGGCGGCAUGCUACGUUCUUGCUAAUGGUGAUCACUAUCGCUUUGAUGACGAGGAUAUGAAUACAUGGGUUCAACUUGCAUCUCGGCACCAAGCAACAGUCAACGAUCCGCCAAGCUGUAUCCUCACCCGGCUUGGCGAAAAGCUAGGUCAUCAAAAACGUCGUAGUGCUCUUCCACUGCCGCCACCUUCUGUGCCCUCUGUCCCUCCACAAACUCCCAUAGCUCCCGCCCCAGCCACAGAUGCUAUUACACAAGCCAUGACAAUGGUCGGCACAGUUACACCGCUUUUAGCAAUGUUGAUGAAUGGGAAUCGCACUCGGGACCAUUCCCCUCCACGCACUUCUUCAUCCAAGCGCCACCGAGCUGACAGCUCUCCUGCUCCGGCAUCAUCUCCAUCCAAGGCAUCUCCCUCUAAAAAUGAGGAGCUACUUGUUUGGCUUCCCAAAGUCGAUGCUGAUGUGGAACGUGGCAAAAGGAAUGCAGACUACACAAGAUAUGGUGACAUUUUGGCUAAAAAAGGUAUCUUCGAUCUUGAUGAUCUUGUGCGGCUUACAAGUGAACGGCUCGAGGCAUUCACUGGAAUGGCAUAUGGGUUUUGUGAUCGUCUUCUCCGGUAUGCCAGGGAGGAUUUGGGCAUAAAGUUAUCGAAACAAGCUCGAAUUGGAUAGUGAUUUCUAUAGUAUAGUAUAUCCACAAUGGUUGAAAAAUCCACAAGCAUCAUUACUAGUUAUGGAAUAUGUUGCUCGAAUGAGAUGUAAAUAUACAUAGGUAUCAUCUAUAUUAGGGUGAAGGUCCUGUCUAACUAUUUCACCCUCUCGUCGAACAAAAGACUUGAUACAGGAAAACCCAAGUUCAAUGGGGUUGUAGUCAGGUGAAUAUGGUGGAAGGAAAAAAUAGCGCAUGCCA